GUAAACUGCAUGCGUUGUCUACGAGCUGCUCUUGACACGCCCUGUUCCAGGUUGUCAGUUUCUUUUGCUUGGUUCUUUUUACGAUCUUACAAUUGCGCUGUCUUGACACGUAAUCAAAUAUCACACAACAGCCUGCGGCAAUCCUUGGCGUGCGAGUUCGGGCACUGGUGUCGCUGAUUUAGGACGUCCGCGAGUGGAGAUGCAGCGGACGCUUCGAUCACUGGCAACUCGGUGUGCCGGGGCCAUCACUGGCAGCACCGCGCAAACAGGAGCCAGCGGCUGUAUAAAGGCUGAGGCUGGUGUCUCAACCUCUGCGCUUAGCGGCCUCAUCAGUCAGGACGCCAUCCAUGGGCUUUGUCCUCGAGGCGCAGCCUUCGCGUCCCUUGCUAGCAGCGGCGUCAGCGCCGCGGCCGGCGCCGGGCCUGCGUCGCAGCUUCGGGCGGGAGCACCACUGUCCUGCCUGUGGCUGCUGGCGUUGGCGCCGUCGCGGACAGGCCUAGCAGCAACUGCCUCGUCGUCUUCUUCCUGCGGGGCAUGCGGCUCGCAUUCCUCCACCUCCAGCCCCUUCGCGCCGCUGCCCGCAUCCGCCGCGGGCCUGCGCCACUACGCGAAGGCCGCCAAGGGCGGCGCCGCCGCCGCGCCCGCGGCGCCCUCCGGCCCCAAGCGGCCACGCACCAGCACCACCAAGCUGUACUCCUGCCGUAACGACCGGCUGCGGCACACACACGAGCAGAUCUGGCCCACGCUACAGCUCACGGAGUACGAGCAGGCCAUGUUCAAACGCAACAGCCGCCUUUUCGUUGUCGACAUGGGCCGAUCGCUGUCGCUCCGCGACAAGUUCCGCAUGGGCGCCUACGAGCCGGCCACCGCGGCCUCCACUGGUGCGGCGGCGGAGGAGGCGGGCGGCGCCGGCGCGGGCGAUGCGCUGGUGCCGGCGGCGGGCGGGGCGUCGUACCGGCGUGUGCCGUAUUGGCAGGCCCGCAGCCUGCUGCACGAAUCCAACCUGCACCUUGACGCGCUGGGCGAGAACCCCAGGUAUCUGCGGCUGCGGCGCGUGGGGUCGCUGUUUGCCACUAAGCUGCAGAACGUGCGCAAGCUGCGGCUGCUGCUUGGCUUCCAGCGCCGCGGGUUCGUGCAGAAGCUGUACGAGCACUCGCUGCUGGCGCGCGGCUCCGACCGCAUGUGGAAGAUGGUGUGCGCCAUGGAGGCCACGCUCCCCAUGACCGUCACCCGCAUGGGGCUGGCGGAGGACGUGGUGGGGGCCGCGACGGCGAUCCGGAACGACAAGAUAUACGUGAACGGCAAGCAGCCGGUGAUGCCGCGCAAGGGGCUGCUGGAGCCCGGGGACGUGGUGGGGCCGGCGGCGGGCGGCGCGGCGUACCUGCGCAAGCGCGUCGCACGCAGCAUGGAGCCGCUGGCGUCGGUGGUGACGCGGGACUAUGUUUGAGGUGGUCAAGGGUUGGCCGAAGCGGCAUCAGCCUGCAAAGCCCGGUUGCGAAUGCGGCGGUAGCGGUAUGGAACGGCGCGCUGAGCAAGAGCUUGGAUGGGCAGCGCGCAUGGUUGAGACAACAAGUGCAACUGGUGAUUUUGAUUGAUUCAAUGGACUCGGCCAUGGAGCGAGGCUCAAUGUAAGUCCUGAGUCCAAAUGAUUACCUGGUAGCAAUUGGUGCUGCGACCCAGCGACCGGCGGUCGCGGCGCGUCGCUCACCCUGGACCGAAACUUCAGUCCGCUAGUCUAAAU